UUGAUCAAAGUAACCUUUUUCGCAUUCCUUCCUUCAUCUCUCCCCUGCUUUCAGGUUCAAGGGUUUCCCAACAAUCUCUCUUCAGGUGAAGGCGAGCUUCUGCUCAAAAGCUAAGCUUGCCUGAACCAUGCCCAACUUCGAUCUCCUCUCGUUCUGCCUCUUCUUCACUCUCCUCUCCCUCUACCUGGUUCCAAUUCGCUCUCAAUCCGAUUCAUCGUCAGCUCUUCGCUUACCUUCUGAAACCAUCGUUGAUGUCUGCGCUGCAACGUCUCAACCAUCCAUCUGCCCUGUCAACUGCUUUCGAACCGAUCCCGUCUGUGGCGUCGAUGGAAUUACCUAUUGGUGUGGCUGCGCAGAUGCUCUGUGCGCAGGUACCCGUGUUGCGAAAUUAGGGUUUUGCGAUGUCGGGAAUGGCGGUAGCGGUCCCGUCUCUGGGCAGGCUCUUCUUUUGGUUCACAUUGUGUGGCUCAUCGUUCUAGGGUUUUCGGUCUUGUUCGGCGUCUUCUGAUUUGAGAAAUAUGACAGAAUUGAUGUACACUUUGUUCCUUUUAUGCUUCUCUGUUCUUUAAUAUUCCGUACUUCCC